AUUGAUACCUAAUACUAGUUAUACUAUUGGAGUGAGAGCAUAUACUAGUAUUGGACCAGGAGAAUGGACUGAUAGAGAAUACACUAGUAUUGAAAUACCUGUCAUUCAAACCUUUUCUAUAACAAAGAUCAAUUCUACAGCAGUGAGGGCUGAGUGGGGUUUUGUUUCUGGAGCUAGUCAUUAUACUGUCUAUUAUGAGUCAACCAAUAGCUCCUCAAGAAAGAAGAGACAAGUAGAGACAGAAAUAAGAGUAUUCCCAGGUGAUACUACUGAAGGUCUAAUAGGAGGAUUAGAUCCUAAUCUGAACUACUUGUUCUCUAUAUCUAUAUCAUAUAAUGUUAAUGGAAUCAUUUAUGAAGGAGAGAGGACUCAACCAAUACCACCAAGUGUUACUGUUACAGGAUCAUCAACAAGAACUUCAGUGGUGGACACUUCAAUUAUGUCACAUAUAGAUUUAGUGCCAAGUAUAACUGUGAUACAAACAAUAAGUACUUCAAUAACAAGUUUAGUGCCAAGUGUAACUAUGAAAAAAACAACAGGUGGUGCGCCAAUGACAAGUAUAAUAUCAAGUAUGACUGCAUUCACUGCCAUGUCAGUGUCAAAAUCAAGUACUCCUAUGUUGCCUACUACUGAUGAAAGUUUAAUGACUAUUUACAUAGCAGCUGGAGCUAUUCUACCAUUACUACUGAUAGUCAUAAUAAUUGUAAUCAUCAUUAUAGCUGUGCUGAUUUCAAAGAAGAAGAGAAUUAAAAAGAAAUACUAUAUAGCUACUAAAGAUAGCACUGAUAAAGGAACAGCUACUGAACUCAGUGUAUCAUGUUAUAGUACAUAUAAUAAUAACAAUGGAGGACAUGAAGAAAUUGGAUUAGACACUAUUCAAGAAGCAACCUACAGUACUGUAAUGAAACCUAUACUACCAGUGAUAGAAGAAUUCCCUAAUGAUGUGACAUCUAAAGAAGGUCGUCAGGUCCUUUUUGAAGUUAAAGUUAAAGUUAGAGGAAAUUCAAAACCAUCUUUUAAUUGGUAUCAUAAUGGAGAGCCAGUGACUGAUGAUUAUGCUCAUGAGCUGAGAGGAGAUGGUAGUCUACUGCUAGUGAGUGUUGAGGAGAAGCAUAAAGGAACAUAUUGUUUUGUUGCUAAUAAUGAUGCUGGAACAGUUAGUCAACAAGUUGUACUCACAGUUGCAGUGGAGGGAAGUGAUGAGAGCAGGUUGUUACAUGGCGACUCAUCCUGUGCUAAGAUUGGUAUGAUUCCUGUUGAUAAAUUUGGAGAAUUUGUUGCUAACGGACACGCUAAAGGAAACGAAGGAUUUAGAAACCAAUUUGGGAUGUUAGACAGUGGUGAAAGUGACCACACAGUGACAGUUGGUCUUACUCCAAGCAAUAAACUGUUGAAUCGCUUUGCAAACAUUGUAGUCUAUGAUGAUAAUCGUAUCACACUAAGACCGAUGCCAGGCCAUAAGGAUUGUACAAAUGAGUAUAUCAAUGCAUGCUUCAUUAAGAUAUUGUUGCUAGUUUGUGAUGAAUUUGUUUUGACAAUAGGAUUACUCUAA